UUCGUUGUGAAUGUUCCUACCAUUAUAGCAGUCGGGCUCAACCGCCCGCCAAGAGUGUACGCCUUAGCCGCCGAAACCGGCCAUUUUUCUUGAUUCGCGCGCUUUUUGACAGGUGUCAAGUGUAACUUUUUAAAUUUUCCCCCGAGUGCCAAUGUGUUAGUGUGUGCCUUGGAGUUUUUGUGCCAAAAAGGAUUUUCUCAAAGAUCACAACCGGAUGUAGAAUUAAAGUGCGCCAACUUCAACGAUGGGCCACAAGCAAUACCUGGCCGUGGGCCAUUCGGCGGGGGCCAGGCUCUUCGGGUUGGCCCCCCGCGGCGACCGCGCCGUGCCAAUCAAUAUGCUCAUAUCGCAGCAAGGCAAAAUAAAUAGAGGACGCCUGGCAGUCAUCACUUUCAGCAUAUUCACCGUGGCACUCGGCAUCAUUCUAUCCUUCGUACCUUGGCUAGACUACAUUAUAUUUCGGGAACUCAAAAUCUGGAACGGCUCGUUAAGCUACAGCUACUGGCAGCGGCCCGGCGUGGUGCGACUGACCAAAGUAUACAUUUUCAACGUGACCAACCCUCAGGGCUUCCUGGAGAAUGGAGAGAAACCUAAGCUGGUGGAAGUCGGACCUUUUGUGUAUAGGGAAGACAUGGAGAAGGUGAACAUCAAGUUCCACGACAACGAUACAGUCACGUUCCAGCACAACAAGAUACUGCGGUUCGUUCCGGAACUGUCUGUGGAUAAAGCACAGAAACUGGUCGUGCCCAACAUUCCUCUUUUGACCGUGACCUCUUUCUCUCCAAAUCUGGCCGGCUUCCUCUUCAAUUUGCUUGUCUCCGGCCUCGCCAUCACGUACAAGGAUCGAGCCAAACCAUUCGUGCAAGUUACUGCAGAACAGCUAGUCUUUGGAUACGACGACCCCCUGGUGACUCUCGCGCAUUAUUUUUACCCCAAGGGUAAAAGACCGAACAGUCAGAUGGGACUAUUGCUCGCUAGAAACGGAACUCUAGACGAAGUCGAAACGAUAUACACUGGCCAGAAGUCCAUGGAACGGUUCGGGUACAUCGACAAAAUCAACGGCCUGGACCAUCUGCCGCAUUGGAAGGAACGCCCUUGCAAUAACAUCAGAGCUUCCGAAGGUUCGUUCUUCCCGCCUCGCGCUGUGACCAAGUCGGACAUAGUGCAUGUAUACGACAAGGAUCUGUGCAGGAUUCUGCCGCUGCAGUAUCGGAAGGAUUUUUACAAAGAUGGCAUCCAAACCGGUCUCUACACGCCGCCCGCCUCCACCUUCGAAUGCGCCGACGUGAACCCGGACAACAAGUGCUACUGUGAAGGAGAGAAGUGCCCGCCCCGGGGGCUGCAGAACAUCAGCCCGUGCCAGUACAAUGCGCCAGUGUACCUCUCCUACCCUCACUUCUACGAAGCGGAACCCUCCCUGCUGGAUGGCUUUGAAGGCCUGAACCCGCGGAAAGAGAAACACGAAACCUACUUCAUGAUACAACCGAAACUCGGCGUCCCGCUCGAAGGAUUUGUCCGGGUCCAACUGAACCUGAAGGUGGACCGCGCGCCGGAUAUCCGGGUCAACAACAUCCACCGGUUUCCUGAUAUUAUCUUCCCCGUAAUGUGGGUGGAAGAGGGCAUCCACGAAGUCACCACUCCUAUAUGGAGAUGGAUCUAUCUUGCCACGACUGUGGGUCCCGUCGCUGGACCCAUCCUAACCUAUUCCAUGAUUCUCUUCGGUCUUCUGGCACUUGCAGUGGUCUUUCUACGAGCUUACAAAAGCUUCGUAAUCGGUCAAAACUCUCUGGAAAUAAUGGAAUACGGAAGAGAGACUCUACGCCGUGGAUCUACCCUUAUCAUCCACGGAUCACAUAAAAUACUUUCGGGAAAAGAAGCAACAUAUCAACCUCUAAACACAUCUGAAGAAUUUACUGCAGUAGACAGUAAAAUUCAAGAGCUGAAGUUCGUGAAGACAGAUCUUAGCCAAAGUUUAGACGAAUUAAAGUCAAAAUUCAAACCAGAAUUCGUCAGAUCGAAUUUUAGUGAAGUGGAAAGAGAGACGUUAAUACAUUCUGAGAACACGUUCAUAAUGUCAGAACACGGACGGUAUAACUUCUUCCAGUUACCAGAAACAUAUUGUUAGGUAUAUUUUUAAAUUUAUAUGAAUUGUAUGAUGUUUUGUGAUGUGUGGGGGAUGAAAUGAGCCAUUUGGCAGAUAAUGCAGUUGUAUGAGAUUAUUUGCGUUAGCAAAUUUUGGUUUUGUAAAGAUUUUAGUGGAAAAUGGGAUUUGAUGGAAGCCAUUCAGUAAGUCAAUAAAGGUGAUGUAGUAACAGUACAAUGAACAUUAGUGCCUUCAUUAUUAUAAUAAGAAAUGGCUUUUGGUGUUUUUGAAAGACAAUUUAUCAAGUUUGUGAUUAAAAACUCUUUGGUGUUUAUUUCAGCACUGUCUUGUACUAUGUUAAACUUGACCAAUUUCUUCUGAAAGAAAAUCUUUGGGACCAAAUUUAUAAAUGUUAUUGUCAGAAUUAGAAAGAUCCUAGAAUAAAUAAAGUAUAUUAUGGAUUAACUUCGAAAUUUUGUUUGGUGAAUGAUUAUUGGUUGUGUUCUGACUGAAUGUACGAUUCCAAUUUUAGAGGAAUCAUAGUUUUUAUAAAAUAUUUGCUCAUCUU